UAGGAUUAUAUUACAUAUAGUUACGUAGGCAUUAACUUGCUCAUCUUCACUACAAAGUAAUCAUUAGGGUUGAGUUUUGUUUCCGAUAAUAUCAAGCUCCAUAUUACGUAGGCAUUAUAGCAAUAGAAAGUAAUUAACUUGUUCAUCUUCUUCAUUACAAAGUAAUCAUUAGGGUUGAGUUUUCUUUUCGAAUCUAUCCCUAUUAUUCUUUCUUUAGUUCAUCACUAAAAUAAUGGGACGUCCGAUGGGGUAUCGAUUUCACCCUACGAAUACUGAAGUGCUGCAAUAUUUAUUAGGGUUUGCGAGAGAUGAGCCACUGCCUGAUCAGAAUGAACUCAUGCAUGAGGUGGAUCUUUACGCUGACAAGGAACCAUGGCAGAUUUUUGAAGGCACCAACAGCAACAGCAACACACGUUACUUCAUUACGCCCCAGAAGAAACAUAAUCCGGAGUGGAAAAGAUUUUCGCGAAGUGUAGGGAAGGGUACGUGGAAGGCACAAGGAAAGGGAAAAGAGGUUUUUGACAAGAAAGGUAGAGUUAUAGGGUACAUGAAAAGUUUGAAGUACAACUACGGCAAGGAGGAUAACAAGAACGCUAAUGGGGAGUGGCUCAUGACUGAAUACUCAUUGUAUGAUGGUUAUUUGGAGCCUCGACAAAUUAAGAAGAAGGGCUACGUAAUAUGUAAGAUAAAGAAGAAGGGAUCAAAAAGCAUUAUUGAUGAUGGAGUUGCCGAUGUGAUUAAUAUGAAUGACAUUGACGAAUAUAUUAAUUCAGUUUUGCAAGAAGACGAUCAACUACUUGCUUUUAUGGACAAGAAUAAUAAUGUAGAGGAAGAUAUUGAUGUUGGAGAUGAAGUACUCGCUCUUAUGGGCAAUGAUGAUGCAGAGGAAGAUGAUAAUGCAGAAUGCUUAGAGGGACAUCCAUCAGCUAAUAUCGAUCUUGAAGAUAUAGACUUUGUAUUAUAGAAUUUAUCAAUUAAUACAUUACAAUUUUUUCUUACGUUUCUCCUAACUAACUAAGUAGAUCGAGUACUCCAAUGAGUUUGUAGCGUAUUUUAUGACUCAUUUUCAUAUUUAGUUUGUUUUCAUGGGGUUUCGCUGAAUUUCGAGUAGUAUAAAUUUGUUUAGUCGCGUAAUCUUUCCAUAGAAAAAUUUGCAAAAAUAGGAUAUCAUAUCGAGUUAGCCAAA